GGGAAAAAAAAAACCUUGUUAUGGAGUUCGUGUGAAGGAAACACGGAUUUCCACCCUUCUUUACCAGUUAAACCAGUAUCUCUGGAUAGAACAUACUGAAGUACAGCAACAGGUAGAGUCUCUGACCGCAAACUCUUCCGUGGCUCCUCUGAAAAUUAUCUCCCCCUUUUUUUUUCUCCUCUCUCUCUCUGCGUUUAUCUCAAUUGAGUUUCCAGUCCUUUUGUUCGCUCUCCUUUAUCACUUGGAAAAAAAAGGUGAUUCCCUCGUGAUAUUUUUAUUUUAAUCUUUGCUUUAAUUGUAGUUUUUUACCCUUGUGGUCCCUGAUGGCUUCGCACAGUGAUACUCUGGUGGUGUUCUUUGGGGCAACAGCUGGUGCAAAUGGGGGUAAACUGGGUUCGGAUGAGAGGGAAAUAAUUCUCUUGGUGUGGCAAAUUGUGGAUCUACAUGAGAAAAAGGUCGGGAAGCUUCAUAAAUACUUUGUCAAGCCAGACACUUUGGAGCUGACAGACCAGUGUGAACAAGAGACAGGACUGACUCUUGAGGACGUGGUCAAAGCCGAGCCCCUGGACAAAGUCCUGCAACAGUUCCAGCAGUCUGUGUCAUCAGAGCUGAAAUGUCUGGGAAGGAGCUCCUACACACUUCUGGUGAACGGUCCCCUCAUCAUUCGACAGGUCCUCCACCCCGAAGCUUCCAAAAAGAAUCUUGUACUACCUGAGUGUUUCUUUUCAUUCGUGGACCUGAGGAAAGAGUUUCACAAAUGCUGCCCAAACGCUGGUCCGCUGCAGAAGCUCACGCUCGACUCCAUGUUGGAAUAUGUUGAUCUCCCGGCUGUAAAUGAGCAGUUGAUGGGGAUGAGGGAGGUGACCAGCAUGGUGCAGGUGACACUUUGCAUCCUAGCGGAGCCCCACAAUCACAUGUUCUCCUACGCUGAAACUGUGAAAUACAAGUUUGACUCUGGCACAUGCUGCAAGACGGAGCCGGUGAACAGUGAGACGGUGGUCAGGGCGCGGGGGCUUCCAUGGCAGUCCUCAGACCAGGACAUCGCUCGCUUCUUUAAAGGCCUCAAUAUUGCCAAGGGCGGCGUGGCCCUGUGUCUCAACGCUCAGGGCAGGAGGAAUGGAGAAGCCUUGGUUCGGUUCAUCAACUCUGAACACCGAGACCUGGCCCUGGAGCGCCACAAACACCACAUGGGAAGCCGUUAUAUUGAGGUCUACAAAGCUACAGGAGAAGAAUUUCUCAAGAUCGCUGGAGGUUCAUCUAACGAGGUGGCGAAGUUCCUGUCUAAAGAGAACCAGGUGAUUAUCCGGAUGCGGGGGCUGCCGUUCACCGCCACGGCCCAGGAAGUGCUGUCCUUCCUCGGUCCGGAGAGCCCAGUUACCGAUGGGGCCGAGGGCCUGCUCUUCGUCAAGUACCCCGACGGGCGGCCCAGUGGCGACGCCUUUGUGCUCUUCUCGUGCGAAGAAUAUGCCCAGCAUGCCCUGAAGAAGCACAAGCAGAUCUUGGGGAAGCGGUACAUCGAGCUGUUUCGAAGCACCGCGGCAGAAGUGCAACAGGUCCUGAAUCGCUUCAUCUCCACACCUCUAAUCACCACAAUAAACCCUUCAUCCAUCGUCCCGGUCCUCGCCGCACAUUCCUUCCUCCCGCCAGCGAGCACCUCUCGUGACUGUGUCCGCCUGCGCGGCCUGCCGUACACCGCCGGCAUCGAGGACAUCCUGGAGUUCAUGGGCGAACACACGAUUGACAUCAAACCUCAUGGAGUCCACAUGGUCCUGAACCAACAGGGUCGACCCUCUGGAGAUGCCUUUAUCCAAAUGAGGUCCUCUGACAAGGCGUUCCUGGUGUCCCAGAAGUGCCAUAAAAAGACGAUGAAGGAUCGGUAUGUUGAGGUCUUCCAGUGCUCCACAGAGGAGAUGAGCAUCGUCCUGAUGGGAGGAACCCUGAACCGCAGUGGCCUCUCCCCCCCACCCUGCAAACUUCCCUGUCUGUCUCCUCCCACUGCCUACACCCCCUUCCCCACCCCUCCUGCCCUCUUCUCCGAGGCUGCCCUCUACCAGCCCCCCCUGCUGGCUCCUCCCAGACCUCCUCAGAGCACCAUGCACAAUCCCGCUCACUCUCUGGCCUACUACCCCCCUCAGCCACAUCUCUACAUGAACAUGAACAUGAACUACACCGCCUACUACCCCAGUCCCCCAGUUUCUCCCUCCACGGUCGGCUACUUCGCAGCUCCACACGGGGCCGUGGGGGCUCAGCCCCACCACGCUGCAGCAGCUGCCCCCUCCAUACUGCCCCAGCCAGGGGCCCUGCUAAGGAUGCAGGGUUUGCCCUACAACACCGGUGUCAAAGACAUCCUCAGCUUCUUCCAGGGAUACCAGUACGCCCCUGACGAGUACAGCAGCGUGGUUCAGAUGAGCGAACAGGCCAGGAGUCUGAUUCAGCCCAAAGAAUGGCUCUGUCUGUAGGGACUCGCAGCAAGCUCCAGCCGGACGCCGUUGUUAUCUUGUAUAACUUCAAUGGCCAAUGCAGUGGCGAGGCCUUGGUCACUUUCCCUAGCGAGGUGAUGGCCAGGCGGGCUGUUGCCGAGCGCUCAAACCACCUAUUCUAUGGUCAGCAAGUCCACUUGGUCCUAUGUCACUGACCACUAGGCCUCCAUCUUUCUCCACCUCGCUCAGUUUAGUGUCCAGCAGAGGAACCAUCUCUGUUCUCUCCUGAUUCCAUUGCUUCAGCUUCAGCUCCAGCCCGUUCCAGUCUUUCGGAGAACAUCUGCUUCCCUUCCAAAUGAUCUGCCAAUCUGUACACGCCUGCCAAUGUUGGUCCUAACACUCCCAAGUCCACUGUUGGAGUUUGUGCAUCCACGGAUGAAGCAGCUCAAUUCUGUGCGAAUGACUUUGCGGGUCCUAGUUCUGCGUAUAAUCACCUGCUGUACCUGCUGAUCGUGGAGAGAGAGAUGGUGGAACCUGGACGAUGUUGUGGCUCUUUAAAGUCAAACCUGCUGAUAUAUUUAAAUACUCAAAUAUGUGUCCGAUAUAAAACUGUACAGAUGUGUCCUGAAAUGCUUGACGCUAUACAAACGACUUCCACAAACCUUUCUACAUAUUUCUAAAAUGUCACUCUUAAACCACUACAAGAUUUAUAUCUUUCUGUGUUUAUGCACAUUUGUGUUUAGUUAUGUACAAGUCCCUGUGUGUGUCUGUUUCCGUGUGUGUGUGUGUUGAUGUUAAUUGAAGGCCUUCAGCAUGAUAGUGGUGUGAUUUGAAAAGAAAAAGCCAUAAAAACAGAUUUGGACUACUGAAAUGACAAAGUGCCUCCCUUUGCUUAAAGUUGAUCUGAAAUAACGUUGAUCUCCAGGAGAGACUAGUUCAUGCUACACCACAGCUGUGCCAGAGUACAAACUAAUCUGUGACUUUAUUUCCGUUUGUUCUGUAUUAAGCAUUUUUGUUGUGACGACUCGCUGGCCAUCACAUCUACUAAGCACUACAGAUUUCUUUUGAUUUUUUUUUUUUUUUGCUUCACAGAUAUACAGUCUAUGCAUCUUUAACAGUGUAGCAAGACAAAUUAGUUCUAUUUUUUUAUUAAUGCCAUUUCUUGUUGAUAAAUGUAAAACGGCAAAGGCUUGUCCUGAAAUCUUUUAUAAUGAUUGACUGCUUAGGUUUGGUUUGUUUCCGGACUGUAACUCUGUCUGCUGCAUGAUUUAAUUCCUGCUUACAACUUGAGUCUGUGUGAAGAGUGAAGCUGCAGGAGUUUUCCUGAGAGCCCUAACUGCUGUCUUAGUUUUUCAUCUUUCCCAUGCCUUGAAUGACCCAAUACUGGCCCAAAUGAGGCUACGUCUGCCUCUGGUAGCAGAGGAAAUAUUUGUUUUUGUUGCAGGUUUGAAACUUGUAUGAAUUUAGUGUAUAGACAAUAAUAAUAAUAAUAAAAAGUUAAAUGAU